GUCGCCCACCAUUCUAGUGUAUGGCGUCUUCAGACCUCGAGCAUGUGAACUUGCUGUGUCUGUUUCCUCGCGAAUCUGAUUUGCAAGCCGCCAUAGACGUAUUCGAACACGACACCGGCAGCAAAUUUGUCCUCGACCCCCGACGUCUUCAAGUCGGUGCUCGCAUCUGUCAGAAGUGGAAGUCGAAUCGCGAUGCGAACGAAAUCAGCGUACUGUUCGCGUCGCAGACGAAAUCCGGAGGAACGGAAUGCUCUUCGCGCUUGUCCGAGUUGGCGUCUCACUACUCGGCCGAUCUCGCCGUCAUGGCUGGGACGUGCACCGGUCUGGAAGAUGCCGACAGUCGACUGCAACACGCAAGCGUGCUGGUGGUGCGGAAGGCCACUCUGAUGGCAGGCCUCCAGUCAACAGGCCUCCAGUCAACCGAGUUCAGAGCGGAUGCCGAGUACGCAGAGUUAGAGUCUGAAUUAGUCAAGCUCAUCGAUCCUUUCAUUACUACAGAGAUAGAUGGGGUAAACGGUUGGCUUGAUGUGAUUCCUGAUCAUCGUUGCUGUCCCAGUCCUCGGUACGCGCGUGAAAUAGUCAUCGAGAUGUUAAGUGAUUCACGCGGAUUGGCUAAGAGGGAUGUUUUAGGAAAGGUUCAGCGGCUUCAACAGACGGUGAAAAGAUUUAGUGCAAUGGAUAGUGCAAAGUGGGGAUACAUAAUCAGAACUAUGAUGAAUGAUAGUGUUCCUUGGAUUGAGGUAAUUGACGACGAAUUGUGCAUUUUGAAAAAUACGAAGAGAGCUGUCAAGUAUUAUAAUGCAGCAGAUCACUUUCCGCGCAAAGAUCAAGUCGGAGUGUCUCUUUGUACAAUAGGGAGCAUGGACUGGCAGCUGGAGAAUCUUGCAUCCGAAAUCAAUGAAUUGAGAAGACGAAUGGCUACAAAAACUUUGGUUGCUGUUGAUCAAGAAUCGUAUCAGUUCAUGAAAUUGUGUCCAAGCAUAUUGAAAGGAUCUCGAUGUCUGGUGGUAAAAGGGAUGUCAGAGUAUUGUCCAGGCAUGCACGGUCAACCUGCAGUGUUUGAAACGUAUGCAGCAUGUACGGCAGCUGCGUUUCUGCGCUCUCUGGUAACAAAGCGUCAGAGUAAUCUUUUCAAAACUUCACCUGUUGUUCCUUCUGACAGUCAAAUCUCAAUUUCUGAUUUUGAUUUUUCACGCCGAGAUGUCGUCGAUGCCACUUUAAGGGCAGUACAAAGCCAUGCUGCCACUAGGGCUCAAGUCAUUGGUAUGGCGAUGGGUCUCACACAAGAUCAUAUCAAAGGCCUUGUUCAUCACGUAGUCGAACCCUGUGAUCAAGUCAGGGUAAUUUUUGGAGCUAAUGUUAGUCGUGUUGGUACAGCAAGGGCUGCACGUCAACUGUUGAUGGCAUGCAAGACGAUCUCAGGUGGCAACUUCCAAGUUAUUGUAGAUGAAAUUAGGAGGGAGGUGGGAAAUUAGACUGCUGGACAACGUAGUUGCCAAUCCGUGCAUUGGUUCAGUGCUGUGUAAUGUUCAAACCUUUUCUAUAGUGACUGUAGAGCCAUCUUCCGUAGUUCUGAGUCUCGGCUCAACUGCUUUGCUUUUUUAUGUGACUGGAUUUUUGCUGCUAUUGUAGUACUGGUUUUGAAGCUGUAUAGAAAUGGAGAUUUAAAAGGCAUUUUCAAUAAUCAAGGACAGCUAGUA